AUGUUUUCGGUCACCGGUACAUUCUUUCUCUUCUAUCUAUCUAUCUAUCUAUCUAUCUAUCUAUCUAUCUAUGUCUUUGAUUUCCCGCUUACUACUACCCAUUCAUCUAAUGCUUUUCUUUUCCUUAUUCUCUCUCUAUCUCACCUUUUAAAAGAACUUGACCGUCCGUCACUUUUCUUCUUACCCUCCUUCUUUCUUCUCUUAUCCAAUCCUUUCCUUUCCCCCCUAGGGAUAGGCUCCGCCAGACCUAAUCCUAAAGAUAUACAUCUCUCUCUCUCUCUCUCUCUCUCUCUCUCUCUCUCUCUCUGUACAGUUCGACUUGUCUCUCUGACUACCUCUCUCUCUCUCUCUCUCUCUCUCCCCACUUCUCUUUUCUCUCUUUUUGCUGCUCUUUUAAUCGUUUCAUUUCUUCCUCUUUUUUUUUUAAUUUCCCUUCAGAUUUCCUUACUCUCUUUUUUUCCUUCUGACUUUAUUUUUAAUUUUUCAUCAUUAUUUAUAUCUAUCUUCAUAUUUAUGUAG